GGAGAGUAUGCGGGCUUCGACGAACGCGAGCCGACGUCGGAAACGGGAGGCAAGGCCCGGGCCAUCGAGGGCAUUCGGCAGCAGCACGGCUUCUCGUCCGUGGUGAUGGUCGGGGACGGCGUGACCGACCUCGAAGCCAAGGGUCCCGCCGACAUGGUCAUCGGCUUUGGCGGCAAUGUGGUGCGUGAGCGCGUGGCGCAGGAAGCCGACUGGUUCGUGCGGAGCUUCGCAGAGCUGCUCGACGCCCGGACGCAGGCGGACGACACCGAGGUGGGCGUUCGUGCAUGA